AUGAGCGCAAUCGAAGCUCUCUACAUCUUUGAUGAGCACAACACUCCACUGCUCGAGCACACAUACCUCAACCGCCCGCCGCCAUCCUCCGUCCUCCUGCCUCUCUAUCUCGCGCAUCCCGCCCCCCGGCCGCCGCUGAUAUAUCUGCCCAACACCAACCCGCCGACGCUGCUAUACAGCAUAAUACAAGACCAACUUCUGUUCCUAUGCCCGGCAUCGGCAGACACUGAUCCCCUCGCCGUCCUCACCUUCCUCCACCGCCUGACCGACGUCCUCGAAGACUUCCUAGGGUCACCACUACUGGCGAGCAAGAUCGAGGGAAACUACGAUGUCGUCGCGCAACUACUCAGCGAGAUGGUGGAUGGCGGAAUCAUCGCGAACACAGAACCGAACGCGCUGAGAGAUGUCGUCGAAGCGCCGAAUUUACUCAAGAGCCUACUGGGAGGAGUGGGACUGCCUUCUUCGACACCAAGCUCGCUCGCACCCUCUGCUACCGGAGCAUUUGGUCUAGGCGGUGGAAGAGCAAGCCCACGGCUAGGACCAUCACCGACCUCAAGUCAGACAGGCUCACCGGUGCCGUGGAGAAGAGCGAAUGUCAGGCAUACGAGCAAUGAGAUGUAUGUGGAUAUCGUGGAAACACUAGAGGUCACCUUAUCACCAUCGGGUCGCCCUCUAGCCGCCAUGGCCAACGGUACAAUCGCUUUCACGGCCAAGGUCUCUGGGAUACCUGAUCUCAUACUACACUUGGGAUGCGCAGGUGGCAUACAAAACGCAGUCUCACUCCCCGUCUUCCAUCCCUGUGUCAGACUCAACCAGUGGAAAGCGAGGCCAGGUGAACUUUCGUUCGUACCACCGGACGGUCGCUUCGUGCUCGCUGGGUACGAAGUCGACUUGCUGGGCUCUGCAGCACUAGAUGCCUUCUCCACAGAGAAGAACGCAAAGUCUUCAAAUCCAAAACUAAACAUACCAGCUACAGUAUCCGUCCACCCUUCCCUCGGCCCGACCGGCACAGACUUCGAAGUCAAACUCCAACUCAACCCACGCUUCAGCGGAAACAAGCCCUCCCAACCCAGCGCGGCGAAAGCUAGCUUGGGACGCGUAUCCUCCUCGACAGGAACCACGUCCGCCCCCGCGAUCGAAGAAAUGACCAUCCACAUCCCGCUUCCAGCGUCCGUCAGAAACGUCGCCGAUCUACGCGUCGCGCGCGGAACAGGAGAUGCAGGCUACGCGCCGGGAGACAGGGCAAUAGAAUGGCGCAUCAGCAGUCGCGAGAUAAACAAUCUCAUGUCUCAAGACCGCGGUGGAGGGGUUGGUGCGACGGCUACAUUGCGUGGGACUGUUAUUGGCCAAGACGAUCCGUCUGCGGAGGAUGCCUUGGAUGCUGGUGGACCUGUAUCGUUCGCGACAUCGACAUACGAUUACGAUGAUGAUCAGGGCACACAGGUCUCUUUACCUGCGACUUCAUCGUCUAGCGCACCCAAGCCGGAUAGCGAUGCGAAGAUCAAACAGGCAAAUAAAGUCCUCAUGCCGAGCUGCGCGACCAUCAGCUUCUCCGUUAAAGGCUGGCUGCCGAGUGGGAUCAAGGUAGAGAGUUUGAACGUAGAUCAGAAGAAGAGUAAAGGGCUGGGCAGUGGCGUCACGCCGUACAAGGGCGUCAAGUACCUUUGUGUCAGUCGCAAGGGUGUAGAGUGUAGAUGUUAG